GCGGAUAAACUAAACAAAAAUAUACGGUGAGCGGCAGCGGGGUUUGGUGAGUUUAGCUUGUAGCCUGCUGGAGCCGCUGGGGAAUUCGAGACAUCGCAGUAUUUCCACAGAGCGCCGUUUACUGAUUUUAUAACCGCGUGGAGCAGAAAAACAAACACCAAAAUCCUGCACUGGACUUCAAUGGCAGCGAGGAGCCGCAUCACGGUGAUGAGAGAAGAGCAGCUGCUGCCCUUGCGGCUGCGAGCGCAGUAAGGCCGUGGGCUCAGCAUGGCACAGGGAGCACCGCAGUUGGACUUUCACGUCCUGCAAGAUCUGAAGCAGCGUUUCCCAGAGAUCCCAGAGAACGUUGUGUCCCAGUGCCUUCUGCAGAAUAACAACAACCUGGAGGUGUGCUGCCACCUGCUGGCUCAGGAGAGCAGUCGCUACCUGUACGAGGAGUUCCACAGUCCGGAGGAGGUGCACCUGAGCCGCAACCGCAUGCUGCACAUCAGCGUCGGCGGCUUUCCUCCGCCCGAGAAUGCCAACGCCAACUCCAACGCCGGCUACACCUACUUCAUGAGCGACCAUGCGCGCUCGGCCAGCACACCCACCCCUCCGCCCAACGUGCAGGGCAUUUCGCCCACCUACACCCCCGUGCCCUCUCGCUACAUGACCCCCAUCACUCUGGCUCUGUCCUCCAGCAUCCCAUCCGCCCCUCAGGCGCUCCAGAUUCCUCCUGGCGCGUACGGGAACAGCGGGAAUGCCCUGUAUAUGCGCCCUUCUCCCUCUCAGAGCCCUCAGCCCACACCCUGGGCGUCAUCCGGUGCACCUGUGUACUCUCCCUCGCCCUACAACACUCCGCCGUACCAGUCUCCCUACAGCUCACCCCAGCACCACACCUUUUUACCUAUCAGCCCUCCCACCAUGCCCAACAUGGCAUACCAGCAUGUCCCCUACAGGCCCUACAUGCCCGCCAAAAGCUCCAUGAAGAACCAGAUCGAGAUCACGCUGGAGGGGCGGAAGCGUAGUAACUCCCCCAUCCCCGGUCCUCAGGGGCCACUCUACAUGCCCAACAGCCCCUCCCCUAGCUCACCGUCCAGGGCUAUUAGCAUGGCACCGCCCCCUGGCACCUCCUUUCACCCGGGUGUGUACCUGGGCGGCGCACGCCCACGCCCUGCCUCCUCUCCCCAAGCCGGAAACGCCACCUACAUUAAGAUUAAAAUGGGGCCUGGGCAGCAGCUGGGCUCAGGAUCGGGAUCUCCGUCUCCGCCUGUGGAAGCAGAGUCGCUCCUGAACAUCGUGGAUCAGGGCGAGAAACAUGGCGCUCCCGCCCCCAUCCUGCCCAUCUCCGCCACAGCGGGCAGCAGCAUCAGCCACAUCAGCCACAUGCCCCGACGCUCCAGCUCCGGCUCAGACGACUACGCCUACACUCAGGCCUUGUUGCUGCACCAGCGUGCGAGAAUGGAGCGUCUGCUGAAGGAGCUGCUGGCCGAAAGACAGAAGCUGGAGCAGCUGAAGGCCGAGGUCAACGAAAUGGAGUAUGAUGCACUGCAGAGGCGUUUCAGGCGUGUUAACAACUCUGGCUUCAUCCCUCGGCCUGAAGAGAUAACCAAAAUCCGGACACAAAACAGACAGCUGCAGAUCGACAUUGAUUGCACCUUGAAGGAGACGGACCUCCUGCAGUCUACAGGCAAGUUUGACCCUAAAGCCAUGAACAACUUCUACGAUAACAUCCAGCCUGGUCCGGUGGUCCGACCCAAAAAAGAUGGAGGAGGAGCAGUAGGAGUAGUGGCAGCAGCAGUAGGAGGAGCCGCAGGAGGAGGAGCAGGAGCAGGAGGUCCGAGGCCAAAGCCGAAGCCGGCGCCGCAGCGUGACGAGGACUUUGAGGGAGCUCAGUGGAACUGUGAGAGCUGCACUUUCCUCAACCAUCCAGCUCUGAACCGCUGUGAGCAGUGUGAGAUGCCGCGCUACACCUGAAACCCCGCCUCUUUUAGCACAGCCCCGCCCACAGCUGAACCCCCAACCUUCACCUCACUUCGCCUUUCCCAUCAUGCACCUUUCCAGGCCCUGCUGAGGGAGAUGCGACCAAUCCUGUGUACCCCGUCAGGCCAUGUUCCCUCUUAAUCUUAAUUAAGCCCCGCCCCCUGCUGGCCUCAAUCAGGCUCCGCCCCCUCGUCCGUGCACUUGUCUGAACGACUUUUCUUUCCUACUGAAAAAUGAUCAGGUGAGCCUAAGAGAACAAAAAAAAUGGGGUCUGGUCGGCUUUAGAGGAAACCGAGCUGAGGAGGGUGUGGUUUAAUUUCGGGGGCAUGGCCUCCUUCCCAGGCAGAAAGAGACAGCCAUGUUUACACGUAGAAGGGAACCCGGAGCCGACCGGAUGGUAAAGCGGUGCGCGAGCCAGGCUCUGGCCGGUCUUACUGUAGACGUCACACUGUAUGUGCUCGUGGAGAGCUAAUCGCUGAGUGAAGAAGAACACUAAGAGACAAAAGUGCACAUGAAUUCUGUCCUACCUGGUACUUUUAUGCAUAUUAAUGCCAUACUGUAUUCUGUGUUGAAAGGUGUUGAUUUAUUUCCUGUGCAAAUACAUCACAUUGCUGUACUUAAUAAAGGAGUUAAUUCUAUGUGAUGACA